UGUCAUUGUCAAUCAAAAAAACAAAAAUUCGAUUUUGUGGAUCACAAUUCGCAAUUACUGCUGUUUUUUUUUUCUGUCCAAAAAAGUAAUAUCGUAUUGUUAUUGUACGUUCACCGUGACUGCAAAUACGGUUCACCUGUUUAGUAAAAUUUACUAAUCUAAUGUUGCACUUAAAUAUUUUGCAAACACGUUUGUGUUGUGCUCGUGAUAAACAACUAUAAUUAAGCCGGUGCAUCAAAAUGUUUAAUCAAUUAUUACAUACAUUAUUCGCUUUCAUUAUUGUAACAAACGUGGGAGCACUUCAAAGGAUAGAAAGUUACAGCACGAACGAAAGAUUUAAAGCUGAUCUAAGUGGCUGUUCGUUAUUCGAAAAACAAUGUUUACAAUUAGAGGAAGAUUUGCCUCUUCUAUCCUGUGCUUUAAACACAACGCAUAAUAACAAAACACAAGUAGCUUUUAGUUGUCAACACAAAAUCUGGUCACAUCAAGCGGAAUUGUUGGAUAGUACAUUUUUAGAAAAGAAGCUGAAAGAUCCCUGCCAGGAUGAGCUUAUAAUCCUCGAGUGUCUGGGCGGAAACUUCAACACUAUAGAUUGCGUGUUAAAAAGUAAACAAAGUUUGAAAAAUAAAUCAUGUUGGAGAGUAAUAAAUAAAAUUGAAACCCUAAUAUUUAAUGACUGGCAGAUAACUGGCAACUUUUUGAAGAACUGCCUUGAUGAUAUUGAGGCACACACUUGUGGUAGAAUACCAACAGAUCCCAAAGCUCUUUCACAGACUCUCACUUUGAAAUGUUUGCAAAGUUUUGAGGACUCACUGCGCCCUGAAUGUCAGUCGGAAAUUGUUGCCUUGAAAGAAAUGAAGUACAGCUCUCUACAGAUGGAUAAAAUUGUAUUCGCAGCUUGUAAUAAAGAUGAGAAGACAUUUUGCCCUGAUGAAGUUCCAGAUUCGCUCUUGAUGUAUAAGUGUCUUGUCAGACAUAAAAAUGAAAAUGCAAUGACAAAAAGAUGUCAAGACCAACUUUUUUAUGUUCAGAGAAACAUGGUAAUGAACUAUAGGAUGAGUAAAGGUCUAGUAAAAUCUUGCAAAGAAGAUAUUCGAAAAUAUCACUGCCGUAAAGGUGUUGUUGAAGAUAAAGAUGUACGUCUCGCACAAAUAUUGUUGUGUUUAGAAAAUGUUGCUAGAAAUGAUACUACAAAAAUUUCCCCAGAGUGUAUUGCUGAAAUGAUUGACCAUAGAAAAAUGUUGAUGGAUGAUUAUAGAUUGUCUCCUGAAUUAAUGCAAAACUGUGCUAAUGAUAUUCUCUCACUCUGUAGAGGCAUUGCAAGUGGUGAUAAAACAAUACAUUGUUUGAUGGAACAUGCCAGACCAAGGAAGCGGAAGGAUAAAAGAAUCAGUAUACCUUGCCAAAGAUCAUUAGAAAUUCUAGUUCAAGAGGCUGACCCUGGAGAAGAUUGGAGAGUAGACCCAGUUUUACGCAAAGCUUGCAAACCUGUUGUAGAUACAGCAUGCAGAGAAGUUAAUGGUGGUAAUGGAAGAGUAAUGUCUUGUCUAAUGGAGAAGCUUGGUACUGUGCUCAUGACUAGUGACUGUGAAACUGCUAUAUUACAAAUACAAUAUUUUAUAUCUAGAGAUUUCAAACUAGAUCCCCAGUUAUAUAAAGCAUGUAAGUUUGAUGCUGUCACUCAGUGCAAAGCCAAACUUCAAUGGGCCGAUAUAAAUGAACAUCAAUCAGAAAAGGAUCCUUUAAUAUUACCAUGUUUAUACAAUUAUGCAUAUAAUUCAGAUUUAAAAGGUAUUCUGAAACCAGCUUGUGAACAACAGGUGAAGAGGGUGAUGAGACAAAGAGCUGUAAGUGUUGAUUUACUGCCUGAAAUUGCUGACUCUUGUAUGGAUGAUUUAGCAAAUAUUUGCUUUGAGAACACAGGUAAAGGUGAAGAAAUUGUUUGUUUGCAAAGUAAUAUCAAAAAGCUCUCUACUAAAUGCAAAGAUGUGGUAACCAACUUUACUGAAACACAGAGUGGUCAUAUUGAACUAAAUGCCAUUGUCAGUAUAAAUUGUAGAGUGCCUAUAGAAAAGUUAUGUUCAUCAGAGCUGAAUAGUAAAAAAGAUGAAGAUGAUAUACUUGAUUGUUUAAUAAGACAUAAGAAUGAUGCAGAAAUAAAAGCUAAUGUUAAAUGUCGCGCAGCUAUUGAACAUGAACAAUUGAUAGCUCUGAAGAAUUAUAGAUUUACAAGGAAAUUUAAAAAUGCAUGUAAGUCUUAUGUAGUUAGAUUUUGUCCAAAGGCUCAAACAAAAGUUCAGGUUGUAAUGUGUUUAAGUGAAAUAAUAAGAAAUGACACUAUAACCAGAAGAAAACAUACAAUAUAUAAAGAAUGUCGCCAGCAGUUAAGAAGUCAACUUUUUCAACAAAAAGAAAAUAUAGAUUUAGAUCCUGAUCUAAAAGAAGCUUGUAAAAAAGAUCUGCUGGAAUUCUGUCCCACUGUUCCACAUGGAGAAUCAGCAGCUUUAGAAUGUCUUCAAACAGCAAAAGGGAAAUUGAGUGAUGGUUGCAAAAAAGCUAUAUUUGUAGUAAGGAAACAAGAAUUUUCAGAUAAUGGUAUUGAUUAUCACCUUGUUACAACAUGCAAUGAUAUGAUUGACUUGUAUUGCCACAAUACUGAACAAACUAUUAUUUUGGACUGCUUGAAGGCUCAUCGUCAUGAAACAGACUUUGACAACAAUUGUAAAAUUGUUGUUGUUAACAGGAUGAUAGAGCAAAAUCUGGAUUAUCGAUUCAAUAAUAAUUUGCAAAAUAUCUGUAAGGGAGAUAUAAAAAAAUUCUGUUCUAAUAUAAUUGAUAAUUUCUUUCUUUUAGCUAAUGAACCACAGGAUGUCGAACUACAGGGCAAGGUUUUGUACUGUUUAAAGGAUAAAUUUAGGGAAUCGAAGUUAGAAGCCCCUUGUGAAAAUGAACUAGCUAAUGUUUUGAAGGAACAAGCUCUGAAUUAUCGUCUGGACCCAUUAUUGGGAAAAUUGUGUAAAGCUGAAAUACAGACAAUAUGUGCAGUGCCCAAUGAUUCUAUUACUAAUUCAGAUGGACAGGUAGAGGAAUGUUUAAAAAAUGCCCUAAUGCAACACAAAAUUGUCUCAGCUGAGUGUGCCCGUGAAGUUGUCCAAAUAAUUGAAGAGACAGAAAUUGAUAUUGAUGCUGAUCCACUGUUAGAGCGUUCUUGUGCAUUGGACUUGUUGAAAUAUUGUAAGGAUCUUGAACAUGGUGCUGGAAGACGAUUGAAAUGUUUAAAAAUAAUACUCAAUGAUAAUAACAGAAAAUUAGAAGCAGAAUGUCAAAAGGAAUUAUCAAGCAGAUUGCAAAUGUAUAAAUAUGUAGAAUCAGUAAAUGUCAUUGAAAAUUUGGGUGAUGUGUAUAAUGAAAUUUCAUCAUCUCCAUCGAAAAAGUAUUUUUUAGUUGUAGGAAUGUCAAUUGUAGGAUUAGUGUUUAUAUUUGGUUUAUAUUGCGGUCGUAUGACUAAACGGGCUAUGUAUGUAAAAAGAAAAUAGGCAAUUUGUAAAUAAGUAUUACUAGGUGAAAUUAUUUUAUUAAACACAAAAAAUCAAGUUUCUUUCCAUUCAGCUAUCUCAUCCAGGUCCAUAUCUUCAAAAUUAUCUUGUUCUUUCUUAAUAUUAUUGUUUGGUUUUGAUUCCUUUUUAGGUUCAGCUUUAAUUUCACCUUUCAAAAGUUUUUGACUCUCUUCAAAAAACUGAUUAGGAUGAUUUAUACCCAAAUCGAGACCAGUAUUGUGGACUGCAUCAAAAUAUUUACUGCAGGCAAUUUGACAAUGUCCUUUCUUAGUCAUAUCUACUAUAUCAUUGACAGCUGUAAAAUAAGAAUAGUAUUUAUAAUAUAAGAUAGUGGUAAAAUAAAUAAAUUAAUUAAAAAUUGAA